AUGGCAAUGCUUGGCAGCAUAUUGGGCCUCGGUGAUCGCCAUCUCGAUAACAUUCUUGUGAAUUUUGAAACGGGGCAUAUCGUACACAUCGACUACAAUGUUUGCUUCGACAAGGGACGUAGCCUGCGUGUGCCCGAGAUGGUACCAUUCCGCUUGACGGGAAAUAUUGUACAAGCACUUGGACCUACUGGGAUUGAGGGUACUUUUCGACUCUCCUGCGAACAUGUACUAACAAAACUUCGUGCUGGAAAAGAAUUGUUGCGAACAAUACUCGAUGCAUUUGUAUACGAUCCGCUUGUGGACUGGGCUGCUGCGCAGGAUGAUCUCAGCUCGAAGUCAACGAUUGCCGUUGCCACAAUGAUCGCUGUCUAUGGAGCAGACAAACGUGCAGAAUUUGUGCAUUCGAUGGCGCGAUCGUUGUUCAUCCUUCGUAUUAAAGAAAUUGCAACUGCUUGGCUCGCAAACAAGGAUCGACUUCAUUAUGCGCUUUUGGAAGUUGCCGAAGCACUGGAAGCAAAAUGCAAGAAUGUUCGCGCAGAAACUCGAACAGCCUGGAUCGUGGAAAAGCGGAAGCUGAAUGCAGAGAGAAUUAUAACAGCGUGUCGUGAGCUCAAAAGUGCUAUCACUCAGCACAACGGCAUAAUGCACGAUAUACGUCCA